ACUCAUCACUCUCUCUCUCUCUCUCUCUCUCUCUCUCUCUCUCUUCUCUCUCUCCCUCUCUCUCUCCCAAAGUUUUGCAGUCACAUGAACAAUACCUCAUAGCAUAGUGUAUAGUGUAUACACACACCUUUCCGUUUGAGGUUCGGAUUGGACCCUUUGGUCCUUCCCCCCCCCCUUCUCUCUCUCUCUCUCUUCUUUUUUUCAUUUUUCUUCUCUCUCUGUCUACAGUUCAAUGCUAACCCACGAUCCUCUACAUGUAAUCCCACCAUAACUUCCCUAAACCCUCAUUUGAUCUCUCUCACCAUGUCCCACGGAUCCCCCUCUCCGGUUCCCGCCCAACCAUCCUCGCCGUCGUCGGAACCCAAUCCCCAAAACCACAUCUCCUAUUCCAAGGAGGAAACAGCCGGAGCUCCUCCUCCUCCUGUCACCCGGAGCAACCGCCCGCCCCGCGCGUGCACCAUUCGCGCCGCCUCACGACUCCAUUCAACUUUGCCGGCGGCGAAGAAGGAGAAAUCGCCGCCGCCUCCGCCUUCGCAAUGCAGCAAGAUCGUGACGGCGCUUGUGGAGCCGCCCUCGGCGUCGCAGUUGGCGCGGUGGAAGCUGCGGUGCAUGUGGGAAUUCGCUUCGGCGCUGAAUUUCUUGCAUUUGUUUAGGCCUCUUUUGAAUAUCUCAUUAGAAUUCUCUGCUGAAGAGUUGGAGACAGCGCUUCUUAUACCCAACGAUACUUUGUUUCACAUACAUAUGCCUCUGCUUAAGGCAAUCCCUCCUAUCACCCGGAUGGCACUCACACGUGAUACUUGGAUAACAGUAUUAUGCAGGAAAUUGAGAGAUUGGUGGCAUUGGGUUGCCGAUGGGAAUCUUCCAAUCGUUGCUUCACAUGGGGCGGAAAUUGAAGUAUAUAAAUCACUUGAUCCAGGGGUCCGUGUUGUCAUCUUAAAAGCAUUAUGUGACAUUCGUGUUGAGCAAGAAGAUAUCCGAAGUUAUAUUGAUAACUCAAUCAAACAUGGUGUUCAACUUUCAACAUUCCGUAAAGAGCGUAUUGGAGGUGAUUCACAUGGAAUUUAUUAUUGGUAUGAAGAUGACCCCAUUAUUGGUCAUAGGUUGUAUCGAGAAAUAAGGAAAACUGAAGUGAUCCAAAUGAAGAAAGGGAAAGCAAGAGGUUCCCAGGUUAUUUCUAGUACAUCAUUCCAGUGGGAAGCUGUUGCUACUAAUUUUGAUGAAUUUCAAGAUGUUUCUGAGAAGCUUUUCUCUAGUAAAAACAGAACAGAGGCUUCUGUGGGGAAAAAGGUGAAGAUGGACAUGCUUCCUGAAAUUGAGAAAGUUCAUAAGAAAAAGGAGAGGUUACUGAAAAAGCAACACAGAGAAGCUCUUCUUCUUGAUAAUUACUUGGUUGUUGAUGGGAUUGGUCCUGGGCGUUCUCUUCGAGACAGGAAACCUGUUACCUAUACUUUUGAUGACUAUGAUCGAUCAAUCAAUGAGGCAAUUAAAGUAACCAAGCGAAAACAGCCAUCUCCAGAACCUAUGCCUAGGAGAGAAUCAGUAGUAAAACCUGAGGCCUUGACUAAUGGUAAAUAUGGUCCUUCGCAUGCCACAGAACAUCUGAAUUUUGGCAUGUCAUCUCCAGAAUCACUUGACUCGGAUUAUGAUGAGGAAGAUCAUGAAACUGAUUCAAUGGACCGAAGUCGACGAAGACAGAGACCUAAGCGGUAUUUAGAUAAAGAGUUUGUUGAAGCAGUAUCAGAUAAUGAGGCAGACUUUGACAGUGACGAUGAUAUUGUUGGAGAAGCUGUAUAUGAUGAAGAAUAUCUCAAGAAACGCAAGCAAAGGAGGCCUUCUAGUAGCUCUGAAGGAGAUGAAGAAUAUCAGUGGGAUGAAUACAAUGAAGAUGACGAAGAAGAAGAUGAUGAUGAUGAUGAAGAUUCCUUAAGCAUCAGUGAGGAUAGUGAUAAACCCCGUAAGGUUAAACAGUUGCCAGGCCGUACUAGGAGAGAAACCAAACUCAGGUCUGUGGAUGAGAUUCAAUCAGGUCUUAGACGCAGUAAGAGGGCAACUAGAAACCACAUAAAUUACCGACAAUAUGAGGCGUCAGAUUCAGAAACAGAGUUUGUUAAACCUGAGAAGUCCAAUACAUCAGCUGAUCAUUCGGAUCCCAGUGAGAAUGGUGAAUACAUGAUGGAAAGUGAAGAUUCAGAUGAAGAUCAGGAAAUGAAAGUAGACGAGCCUGUUACUUAUCCUGCAGUAGAACAGAAUGAGCAAAACGAGCCUCCUGAAAAAUUAAGUAGUCCUGGUCAGGAAGAAGUUGAGGGCACAGGAAAAAGGCGUUUUCUUGAUUUGAAUGAGCUUGCCCCUAGCACUGGUUUUGAUGAUGGUCCUAACACGAUAAUGAAAGAUGAAGACAAUGAUUACUGAAGCUUCUCUCUCUGCUUUAGAGCAGGGAUGGUAGUUUCUAUGAGGGGAAGCCAAUAUGUAUGAUAGUAGAACUAUAAAUUUUGUUAUAAGCCCCCGAGGAAGAGGUCUCUUCCUAUGGCAUAGUCUAAGCAAAGCAGCCUUGGGGCAUGAUUUGCCACCAGAAGCAGCAUGAUACUGAGUCAUGUAGAUUAGGUAGUCAUUUUUUUCAGUAAAGGGUCCUCCAAAAUGAAUGAGAAAUUGUUGGGCGUUAUUUAGCCCAUCCAAUCCGUGUACAAUAGCUGUUUAACAGGUACUGUAACUUUAAAAAUAUGUGGCUUUCAGAUUCUUAAGCCCUGUACUUAUCUCUUUCUUUAACUUGAUACUGAUUAGUGUGAUUACCACAUUAGAUAGAGCAUUUCGGUUGACAACCUGAAGCCAUAUCUAUAUUAAAGGACUUGUUUAGUCACCUGGACAAAAAACUUGUCAUUUAAAAUUUUCUUCUGACAUAUGACAAACUUUUACGGCGAUGAAUAUAAUAUUU